GAAACUACAAGCGAGGGCGGGUGAGUAUUUGAGAAAGGAGGCACUUGAGAAUUUCUUCGAGGAGGAUAAAGCGAAAGGGAGCCGAGGUCACAUGGCCGACUCGGCCGUCUGCAACGUUUUCGCCCUCCGUCCCGCAGGAAAAAGUUUCUGCGAGGAAGUUGUUGGCGCAAGAAGAGCCUUGGAUGACGUUUUCGAGCUCAUUCAGACGUCUUCCUUCGUGUUUUUCUGCUGUGACUAAGGUGUGGAGAACGGCUACGUUGUGGUCUCCGACUUGUGGCGUAGGUGUGUUGUGUGCGACUCCUCGACUGUCUUCUGCUAUGAAACAAGACAACAACAAGUGUCGUAGAGUACGGAUAUCUUUGGUACUCUGAACGGCAGAGUGGAUUUUAGAGGAGAUGGAUGUUCAGGUCAGGAUACGUAGGAAGGAAAUCAGCUCGUCACACAAGAGAUAAGUAAUCAAGACCCUGCCCCCAUCAAGAUGGCGCAUUUACAUAGACACAUCAUCUCAGCAAUCCUCAUCACAUCAUUCCUCUCGGUCACUUCAUCCAGGCUACCAUCCCUCACAGACGUGUACAGGAUAGACGACGGCAUUCCUCAAAACAUAGUCAGACUUCAAAGAUACACCGACAUCAUUAUCGUGGGCGGGAGGAACGCCUUGUACAAAUUCACCCCCGACCUCAACCUCACAUCGCAGUUCUUCACUGGACCCUACCCGGACAGUCUAGAAUGCCGUCCCGACCCAUUGCCCUGCGAACAGGCCCGCAUCUUAACAGACAACGACAACAAAGUCCUGUUGCAACUACGAAAUUUGCCGUUCGUCUUGUCUUGCGGUUCAAUCUGGCAGGGAACAUGCUCUCUGUAUACCGUUUCCUUGAACAUCACAAAGACGAAAGAGUUCGACAAAUCCCUCGUCGUGAAUUAUGUCGCUUCACGGGCAGAGACCGUCGCCUUUUACGGAGAGGGAUCCCACACGGAUGUCUUGUUCUCGGCUUCGACUUACGACGACAGACCUGUCCGGUACCACCCGUUCCCCGUAGCUGCGAGAACCUCCAAGAAAGAUUCAUUAAAGCUAGCUGCUGACGAGGGAAAUACGGCGUCCUUCGUAGAUGUCGUGGAGGCUUACAAGAAGCCCUACAAGAUCCACUACAUCUACGGGUUCGCUUACGAUGGCUUCGCGUACUUUGUCACGGUGCAGAACCCCGGUGUGUCCCUGACUAUAUUUGAGACGAGGCUAGCGAGGGUGUGCCAGAAAGACCUGUCUUUUUUCACCUACACGGAGGUGCCCUUGAAGUGUGUCGACGGCGAAAGGACGUACAGUGUGGCGGAGGUAGCUACACUGCACAUGUCCGGUGGUAGCACUCGCAAGAAGAAAAGCGAGUCCGUCGAUGAAACGGCGACGCUGAGCGUGGCUUUUGGGAAGCCCUACUCCGGCAUGGGAUUUGUGAAUGACCCCAGCUUGGGAUCGGGAUUGUGUCAGUUCAAGAUGACGGACGUGGUGGCCAUGUUCGAGAACACGACGACUGAUUGCAAUAAUGGUGGCCAGGCGGCGUCUCUGCAGAGGUUGCUCCAUGGCGAGACGCUGCUCAGGUGUCAAGAAUACAAACCGACAGGAGGCGUGAAUUUCUGCGCCCAAGGUCCUAACUAUUACAUCGAAAGCCGUUUACAUUUACCCGGUACACUCACCAUCACCCGGAAGGAUUCCCUCAUGACUUCGCUGCUGAUGCUGAGGCAAGGCGAAGCACCAAGACAGAGGAACAUAGCCUGGAUCGGAGACAGCAACGGACAUCUUAGCAAGUACCUGAUAGCCGGCAGGACCGCCAAGCUCCUGGGUUCUACAGACAUCUCACAGCAAGAGGAGUCGACGAUUCCACCGAGGGUUAGAAAAUCGGUGGCGGUUGAUGCGGACGGCAACUUUGGCUACUUCCUGACAGGACGAAGUGUCGUCAAGUUUCCCGUCGGUUCCUGCUCUAUAUACAAUGACUGUGCUUCCUGCAUGAGGGCAUCGGACGAUCCCUUAGGGUGCGGUUGGUGCGACGGCAGAUGCGCUCACCAGGGCGAGUGCGACACCACCGUUGACACAGCACAAUGUCCCAUAUCCAUAGAGAAGGUGUACCCAACAAGAGGUCCAGUAACCGGAGGAACGCUACUCACUAUCGAGGGCGACAACCUGGGUACACAACAUGAACCUGAUCAUAGUUCUAUCAGAGUUACUGUGGGUGACGUCGUUUGUCCUCUCUUCUCGUGGAAUUUCACCACGGUGCAGUGCACAGUUCCCGCUGCAGGCAAUGCGACAUCAGCAGGCAUAAGGAUCUCUGUGAAUGACACCUAUUACUCCGACGACAAACUCUACGAUAUCAUGGACACGCAGCUUUUAGAAGAACCCUUCCAGUAUUUGGACGUAAGCAUCUUUGGAAUGUACCCUACGUUCGGUCCCAUGUCUGGAGGAACAAAUCUCACGAUUGAGGGCCUCAACCUGGACUCCGGUACAAACCACGUCGUCAGGGUCGGUAUAUACCCUUGCGAAAUAUUGAGCCUUUCAAACGAGGCCGUGACAUGCGAGACACCAAACGUCACAACAGCGGCGUUGACAAGUUCUGCCAUGCGAGUCGUAUAUCUCGUGGAAGACAAGGAAGUUCUCUGGUCAUGUGGGGAGCAAUGCAUUCAGAAUUCUUUCUUCAAGUACAGCAUCGACCCUGUUGUCGAGAGUGUGGUACCAAAGAGUGCACCAUUCGCCGGAGGCACCAACAUAACUGUGCGAGGGACUAACUUGAACAGUGUCUACAAACCGAUGCUGGUCUUCCAAGGCGAUGAAAAUGAUGGCGGGAAUACUAUCAGCACACAAUGUCUUGCUAUGCUUGGGGGCAGUACGAUGACAUGUGCCGUGCCCUCCCUGUACAACAGCACCAUCGUCAACCAAGCCAGGAUUACGAAAUUCAAUUUACGAAAUUCGGCUCUUCUAGUGCACGGUUACUUUCAAAUGGAUAGCUUGAAGCUGGGGUCCAAACCAGGCCAAACAUCUUUCGACUUCCUUUAUCGCCCAGAUCCUGAGUUUGAGACGUUUACCGGGGAAGGAAACGAGGUUGAAGUCGGUCUCGACGAUCUAACACUGGAGAUUCCGGGAAAGAACCUGGACAGCAUAAUCUUCAGAAAAGAUGUUAACAUAAAGGUUGGAGACGUGGACUUCGCUUGCAACAUUACGGACAUUCAGCCGACUGCCCUGUUCUGCUCCCUCAGGAAAGACGAGUUUAGUGAAGAGUCUGAGCACUCUGUCGAGGUUAUACUGGCAGGCCGAUCGUACAGCGUCGGCGCACUGCGUCUGGUACCGGCCAAAGUGGCCAGUCAUACUGGGCUCAUCGCUGCCGUCGUCGUCGUAGUCUUCAUCGUUGUAGUUAUCGUCGCUGGAGUCUUGUAUUACAUCAAGAUCCGUAGCAAGAAGACAGUACCAGAGUACUUCGUCGAUUACAACAACAGAGGGGAUGAUGGCAACAGAGCUAACAGCGUAGUGAUAUCCCCUGAGACGCCCGUUACUAGUGCGGGAACCGCUGACUACGUGCGACCAAAUGACGCUGAGGCACGUGAGGCUCUCAUGGCACACGCCUUCGAGCUGGAUAGCGAAACCAUAGCCAUGCUCGAGUCUGAGAAGAUACUCUUCAAGAGGGAGUACCUCAUACUCGGUCCUGUCAUUGGCCAGGGACAGUUUGGUUGCGUCUACCGUGGAACGCUGGAGCUCGAAGGGAAGGGAGAAGUACUUUCUGUCGCUGUCAAGACGCUUCAUAACAACUCAAGGGGUGUGGAGCUUGAUGGCCAAGCCUUCUUGGAGGAAGCGUUAAUUAUGAAGGACUUCCACCACACAAACGUCCUUUCCCUCAUUGGACUUUGUGUAGACACCGAUGGACAGCUCAUGGUCAUCACUCCUUACAUGAAAUAUGGCGACCUCUUGUCCUACAUACGAGAUGAAAGAAAUUCUCCUACUGUGAAGGAUCUGAUUACGUAUGGCAUCCACAUCGCUGAAGGCAUGAACUACCUUUCGAGUCAGAAGUUUGUACAUCGAGAUCUCGCUGCGAGGAACUGCAUGCUAAGUGAGGACUUCACAGUUCACGUCGCGGACUUCGGUCUUUCCCGCGACGUCUAUGAAAAGGACUACUACAGCGGGGAUAAUAAAAAAACGAAACUUCCAGUGAAAUGGAUGGCGCCGGAAAGCUUAGAAAAGGGCAUCUACAAUCAUAAGACUGACGUGUGGGCGUACGGCAUUGUAUUAUGGGAACUGAUGACACGAGGUGUGACGCCAUAUCCUGAAGUGGACAACUGGGACAUCGUCAAUUUCCUGAAGCAAGGGCGACGGAUGCAACAGCCAUCUUUCUGUCCAGACAUUCUGUACGAAAUCAUGCUUCAGUGCUGGGAAGAAGACCCCAAGAAACGACCACCCUUCUCCCGCCUGGUGCAGGACGUGACUAACGUGAUCACCACACUUCAAAAGAGGAAACGUGACAAGGAAGUCGGCUUAAAAGUGACCUACGUCAACUAUCCCCGAACGGAAGGCGACGAAGAGGACGACGACGACGACGAUGAGGCCGGUCCUUCGUAUCAAAGAUGAAAUACCCCUUCUGCACUAGUUGAAAGAAACACGUCUGUGAUCUUUAAGUAGAAACGCCAUAAGGACAUCAGCAAGACAUCAUCAUAAAGCAUUGCCAUUCUCACGUUCAGUGAUGUUGUGCUACGGCCUACUGUGUAGGCUUGGACAACGGACUUUGAAGGGUUCAUUCAGUGACUAGAGCUCGCCAGUAUCGAAGGAAGCCACGGCUGAGUUUCCCAUGGUCUACAGCGUUGAGUACGGCCCGAUAUAAAGACACAGUGACUUCACAUGCGUGAUUGCUGUGCUCAUGGAAGUCAUUGCUCCAGCUCCAGAAAAGCCAUCGAAUUUUGUUUCACGCCAUUGUCAUUUCUACAACUCACUGUUAUUUUAGAACUCUGUUUCGCAUAGAUAAACUAUGUCAGUGAACUCUGCAGGGCUGCAAGAGCGUAAAAGGACAAUGGCACGAAUGCCCUGCUACAAAAGAAUGCUUUUGCAACAAAGCCACAGUGAAUGAAAACGGCAGGGUUCUCCAGAGAGGUGUACCGUAAGGUGGUAUUGCUUGGAGAACGUCAUGGCUGCUGAUUUCUGCCAGGAGCCACUGGUGCUUCGAACAGAAGACUGGUUGGAAGAACUGUCGAUAUCCAGUAGAAAAAAGCCUUCUGUGCGGAGGAUCCGCUGUGCCUUGUGACCUCUCGCUUACCAGUGUCGCUACCAGAUGGUCUGGUGUACAGUCAUCAUUCCAUAUACCUCGUUUGUACAUAAAACAGACUGAACGAACUGAGCAUGUGUAGCUGCAGUGUAGCAUAUCUUCUUACCAAAGUCAACAGUAAUUUCGAUAGUCUCGCGAGCAUCUCAGGUGUAACUGCGAAAUACAUUGUCAGACUAAUGAAUUCCGAUACUUUUUGACUACCGCUGUAUUUCCAGGUGCUCCCACCUGACGAAGUGGAAACAUGUUCAGGACAUAUCAUGAGGGAUUCAGCCAAAUUAUAUUAGUGAAAGUCUCGAAGAGAAACAGACGAAAUAUAAUCUGUCGCAUGCUCACAAGUUACAGUGAUGUGCUAUUCACUCAAUCCUGUAGACAACGUUAUUCCAACCCAGCAGUCGUACAGCUGCCUGUGCAUGCAAAGCAGUAUUGGAAUAUGUCUUGAGCAUAUAAGAAGACUAUCUGAAGACAUAUAUCAAGACUAUCUCGUUGAAAAGCGACGCACGUGAUGUCUGAUCAACAUUAAAAAUAUUGUCUUUUC